ACUGCAGUUUCUAGCGAUUGUGUUGUUCAGAUCGAGAGGGUACCUACAACUGUAAGCCAUGAAUGAUAUGAUUGCCGUCCUCCUGGCUAUAUUCUCAUUCGCACUACAAUGGGCACACGGCGUGACGGAGCAGCCCAACAUUAUAUUUAUAUUAGCCGAUGAUUUAGGAUAUUUUGACGUGGGAUAUCGAGAAGGUUCCAUUGUGAAAACGCCGAAUAUAGAUAAAUUAGCCGCGGAAGGCGUGAAACUGGAACGAUACUAUGCACAGUCAUCAUGUAUGCCGUCAAGGAGUUGCCUUAUGAUGGGUCGAUAUCAAAUUCAUACUGGAUUUGACUACCGUUGUUUAGACGGUCAGCUGACCAGACUAUGCAUGGCUCCGGACACGGUCACUCUGCCGAUGAAACUGCGGCAGUACGGAUACGCAACACACAUGAUCGGAAAAUGGCAUCUGGGACACGAAAGAAAAGAGUGUGUACCAACACAUAAAGGAUUCGAUACAUUUUUUGGUUACCAUGGCGCCGCAGAAAAUUACUAUACUCAUACUGCACUAGGACGCCCCAGAUGUCAUGAUUUGUGGAGGAAUAUGGAAAACGUAGCCGAAGAUUACGAUGGCCAGUACUCGACACUUUUUUACACAAAAGAAGCUCAAGAUAUCAUCAAAAAUCAUGAUAAAAAGAAACCAUUUUUUAUGUACCUGUCGUACCAAGCUGUACACGGACCGCUGGAAGUGCCAAGUAACUACAGAAUGCCAUAUUACACUUCCGGUGUGGAUGAGAGUCGUCAAAUAUACGCUGCCAUGGCAACGUGUAUGGACGAAGGGAUUGGUAAUAUUACUGAGACAUUAAAGGCUUCGGGAAUGUUGAAUAACACGAUAUUGGUGUUUUCGUCAGACAAUGGAGCCCAGUUCCACACUGGCGGUAGAAAUUGGCCGCUGCGCGGCGGCAAGGGGACAAUGUGGGAAGGUGGCGUCCGAGUGUUAGCGUUUGUAAACAGUCCACUCUUGAAAAAAUCGAGGACCGUGAAUCACGAGAUGAUUCAUACUUCCGACUGGUUUCCGACAUUUGUUCGUCUGGCAGGCGGGACAGUAGACGACGUAGAACUUGAUGGUGUAGACCAAUGGGAUACGAUAAGCACCGGGGCUCCCACAAAACGACAAGAAUUACUUAUACAGAUCAGCGGUAGACGUGGGGCUCUUGAAGAUAUUGGCAAAGACCCGUGGAUCACGAAUGAUUAUUUUGAUAUAACUCGGGCAGCAUCGAUUAUUGUAGGCAGAUGGAAACUGGUUACUGGACAAUAUAGGUCACCUAAAACCUGGGUACCGCCUCCGGAGCUUAACUACCCAGAAGAUCAUAUCAUGCCGCCAAGUACAGAGAUCCUGGGAAAGAUGGUGUGGCUAUUCGACCUGGAAGAAGAUCAGAAUGAAAAAAAUGAUUUAUCUAGUUGUCGACCUGAAAUUGUUAUCAAACUAUUGAAACGACUUAGAGAUUAUUAUUCACAUUCUGUCUUCUGUGGAUCAUCGAGUUACAGUCCUAAUUGUGCCCAGCGUGGUAAUCAAUGGGGACCAUAUGACCUUUGA